AUGGAGGGUUUAAUUGUUAAAAAUCCAUCUUGUACAAUUUCUAGGUUUAACGCUAUCAUUCCAUCACAGGAAAAUAUUGAUAUUAACUCAAAUGUUUCUUGUAUAGUCCAUAUUAAUCUUCAUAGUAUUUGUGUCUCAAAAAAUGAAGGCGGUUCUCAUAAUUUAACAAGGAAUGGACGGAAUGACGUGAACAACAAUAAUAGUUCAACACAAGUAUUAGAUUCAAGCAGGUUGCAUCAAGAUAGUGGUGGGUGUGGCGUUAAACAAUUUGGUGCUAUAAAUGAUGUAAAUACUAGCUUGAAAAACAUUGCUGCUCCAAGUGCGAUCCUUAGGUUUACAGCUUCAAGCAAAGUCAAAUCAUAUCAAGGCAAUUGUAAUAUAUCUUUUAUUCCUCAAGAAUUCGAUUCAACUCUAUAUCCUCCAUAUUGGAACCAAUAUUCCUCACCACCAUCAUUUUCAACACCAUUCUCACCACCACCUACUGAUGAUAGAGUUGACAAAUGA